AUGGACAGAGAAUGCAAACAACUACCAACUGGCCUCUUAUAUAUGCAAGCUUUUCUCCAGGAAAAACGAAAAGACUUGACGUUGGAAUUCGAAGCAGAUCCAUGUUCCAUUUUUCCUCCCGAGACAUUUCAUUUAUUCCUUCAUUCCUUCUUUCCUUCCCUUAAAUUUCUUGGAAAUAAAAAUCUCGGUCACUUACGCAAAAGUAGGUAG